UAGUUUAAAAACAUGUUCUCAAUGCCGUAUGGAAGCUCGAGUCAAGGACAAGCUGACACCUUCAGCGACCAGUCCGCGCUUCAGGAGCUGCUCAACUUUCAGAAAUCUCUCGAUAGGAACUUCGAAUUGCCUGACUUGAGGAAAUUGAGCCUCAACGAGACCAACAUGAAUAACUCUGGAAGCUCUCUGGACGGAUUUUCGGGAUUCAUGACGGAGGCAGCCAAGUCGAAUCGAGAUACGGAGUCUAUUCAAGUUCGUGUUCCCACCUCCGAACAUGUCGCCGAGAUCGUCGGAAAGCAAGGUUGCAAGAUUAAGUCGCUGAGGUACUCGACCAAAACUUACAUCCAAACCCCUGCAAGAGAUCAGGAACCUGUGUUCACUAUUUCCGGAUACCCUGAAGAUGUGGAGAGAGCUAAGAGAAGAAUUGAAGAAGCUGCUGAGCACUUUACAAAGAUCCGCCAGGGAAGAGAGAAUAACAGUCCCAUCACUCCUCAACUCGGACCAAAUGCUGUCGUCCGUCAUGUCAGAGUACCGCUCAAGUACGUGGGACUUGUGGUUGGACCAAAGGGACACAACAUCAAGAGAAUCCAGAGUGAAACUGACACGUACAUCAUGACCCCCGCUCGGGACAAGGAACCGAUAUUUGAGAUCCGUGGAGCUCCUGAGAAAGUCGCCGAAGCAGAGAAUAAGCUCCAGAUCUACAUUGCCAUGAGAACCGGAGGAAUGUUUGACGACUCAGAUCACCUAGUGGAUGUCGACCUGAAGAAACCUAUGAUGCCUCCUAAGGCAUUGGAUACCUUUCCCUCUAUGCAGCCCACUUUUGGAAGCAACAAGACAUGGGGAAAACCUGAUCCCAGUCUCUACAGCAGUUUCGGAAGCUUCAACACAUCUCCUGAGCCUACAACUCAACUCAGUUCCAACUCUUACGACCCGACAAGAGUUGACUUGGACAGUGGAUACAGCUCUCCCAACUUUGAAAACAGGAAAGAUAUCCAAGCCCUGAAAAUGUUUAUCGAUUCCAUUCAGCAGUCGAUGAACGUCCAGAACAACAACAACAACCAGCAUGGAGGAGGAAACUACCAGUCACCUUCAACUACAAACCAGCAACAACAGCAACAGGCUCCGUUCUUCCCAAAUAGAUGGUCACAUUCUGGAGUCUUUUAGCUCAUUUGAAGUUCCACUUCAAACCAUGAUUUUUAGACAGUUUGUUCUUUUUACCAACUGACAAUAUGGCACUGUGAGUCUUUUGCAAGAAAUUGCUCUUCCUUGAGAAUUGAAGAACUUUUAAUCGAAUAAUGGAUUCCUCAAUUUAAGAUUUAUUUUUCUACCAAUACUAUAUUGUUGGUGAACUAUACAAUAUUUUAGUUCUGAGUUUCGUCGGGCUACACGUGGUCGCUUUUAACUUUGUGUUCGGCUAUGAUUCUAUUUGCCAGUACCGAGAUGGAGUGUGUUUUGAACCGACUGCCGUGUAGCCCGAGCAUUUGUAUUUAAUAAAUAUGCUCGGAAUGUUUGAGAAUGUUUUAACUAAUCAUUGGAUACUUUGAGAAUCUUCUCGGUUUGUAUCUUUCUUAGUGUCCAUAAUUAUUGGGACAAUCAUUUAUAUGAAGAUUAGGCUAUUUGAUUUAAUUUGAUCAUAUAUUAUAUAUCGUACAUAUCAAGUAUAAAUCUUUAAAGCGUAGUUAGCAAUCCAGGCAGAUAUAUAUUUGCAAUACAUCACAAUAUAUCGAAAAUUUUCUAAGCUAGACACUGCUAGUGGUACAACUUUAAUUGCCCACUGCACCUGUAUAUCUUGAGUUCAAAAAUUCGGCAUAGUACUAUAUUUCGUUAUAGUUUUAGCUAUAAAUUAUGUGAAGCAUUAAAAUUUAUGUCAGGGUUUAUUUUUUGUAUUUUCAGAGUAAGAUUUCUUUAAUUAAAAUUUAUACAAAUUUAUAUAAUUAUACAUCACUAUAACUAAGUGUUAAUACCUACUAAUAUAUCGGAAUAGGAAGGAUGUAAAUUAAUUUGUGUAGCAUUUUUGAUCAAUACUAAGCAAAUUUGAUCUAGAUUUUUCUCAAAUCCUCUAUGUUGAGAACGAGCAUUGAUAGCUCUACCAUAAUUGCGAUUGUUUUUGUGAUUUACUUAUUUUAAUCAUUUCGGCACUUUUGACACACCAUAUGUUUGACACAUCAUAAUAUGUUUGAUACAUCAUACCUUGGAAGGUCUAAAUCAAAAUACCGACGCGGUUUCAACGACAGUAAGUUGGAUACACACAAAUCAGAAGCUAGUUUACUUUCCAAACACUUGCUUACAUGUCUCAAUAUUGCACACACAGUUUAAUUUCUUACAUUGCUGGAAAUAUUGCAAGAUCUUUUGUAAUCUACUCUAAAUGUAUCCUAAAUUGCGGAGUUGCACCUGACAAAUUUUGACUCGAAUUUUCAGCGGAUACAGGUCAGCUCGAAAGAGAGAACAUGGUGUCAUUCGGCAAAUUUUAAGUCCUCGACAUAAAUCCAAUUUUGGUAUUUCUUAGACCUUACAAACUGUUUCUUCCAACUUACCUUCACUAGCCUAUUUGCAUUUUGUGUUAGAUGUAUUCGACUAAUAAGUGAAUCUUGAGGUUGAUUAUUAUGUGUCUGUUAUCUCCACCAUGCAUCUGAUAUCUUCAUCGUCAAAUUGAAGAAGUUAGGAAAGUUAAGGAUUUUGUCUGACUUCGCUAGAUUGAAUGAUUGUAAUGAUACUGGUUUACUUUCCUAAGUUCUAUUUGUUUAUGACAGGGAUGACAAUCUGCAAACACGCUCAAAAGAGAGCCUGAUAAUGAAUAUUUGAUAUUGUAUUUGCGUAUAUAUGAUUAAUAAUUUUUAAUUUUUACAUGGAAUUUGGGUAUCAUGAAGUGAUGAUGCAAAGAUGAUAUUUCCCGUAUUUGUUAAAGACUGAAACAUUAUAUUGGGUCUAUUCGGGACUAAUUAAAAUGACCAGUAUUGCCAAUAGCAAUCAAUUAAAUCGGAAUCGAUAAAAUGUUUCUACUUCUUUGGUGUUAAUUCUUCCGUUAUCUCAUUUUAUAAUGCGGAACUGGACUAUUUGAAUAGUAACUGUGGUGCUAUCCGCAUGAGUACAACAUUAACGAGGUGUAACUCUAACUAUUUACCUACUUUAUCUACAGCGAGCCUUUACUCACUUUAUAAACAUUAUUUCAUAGUAUUUACAUUAUUUCAUAAUAUACAUUGUUUAUACUGUUUGCUACUUACCCCUUAAUAUUUGCCAUAGAUAAAUUUUACCCAACCUGUGAUCCGUUAUAUGGGAAAAUGAUAGAGAUCUGGCGACUAUUUGAGAGUGAUAUUUUUAGAUCAGCCAAAAAAUCGCCAAAUAGACCUAGUCAGAAGUCAUGGCUGAAAGCAUGGGCGCCCAAAAAUAGUCGCCGCCUACCCUAUCUGGUAAUGUGACUGUACCUCUUUAUUUUAUACUGUAGUUGUACCAUGUAUCAUGAUUAUGGAUGUUUUUAUAUUGUUUGUAAACAUUGCUUAUGGCUAAUACUGGAAUUUGUUAGCAUCAUUUUAGCCGUGUUUUGUUUUUUUGCUAACGGGAAAAUUCAAAAUGCCAUUUCAAUCAAGAUAAAGUUUCUCAAAUUAAUCAAAUUCUUCCCAGACCCAAACAAUUUUGGUACAUAAUGAUAUUUACAGUAAUUGGAGUAAUUUAUACGUUGACAGUAACAAUUAUUUGACAAAUUAUUAAAGCACCAAUGUCGAUUUAGUUGGUGGUAAUUCUUGUUUUGUCUCUUGUUUAUAAAUUACACUUAUGUUUUCCAUCAUACUACU